CUUGGUUCCUCGAUGGCGCUGACGCCGCGGCUCUCAUGGCUCUUCUUCCUCCUGGUCCUGGUUCUGGACCCUGGAGAACCGUCCGGGGAACCGUCCGGAGAACCGUCCGGGGAACCGUCCGGGGAACCGUCCGGAGAACCGUCCGGGGAACCGUCCGGAGAACCGUCCGGGGAACCGUCCUACAACGCCGGGCUGACGCAGGCCCGGGUUCUGUCCGACAACGGCCACCUGGUCUUCAGCACCGGAGACCAGAAAGAGAUCCGGUUCCAGACCUCGGCAUCGGGCCGGGUCAAGGUGGGAGACGAAGACCUGACGGAGCUGUUGAGCCAGAUCAAAACCAACAAAGAUGAAAUCGCUGACAUCAAAGCUCACGGGGGAACGAUUCCUCCGGAAGUUUCCAACAGACUCAACCAGCUGGACACCAAGGUGUCUACUCUGGAGAACAAAGUGAACGUUCUGGAACAGACGGUCCAGCGUUCGUCCUGCAGCAGUAAUCCCUGCAGGAACGGAGGAACCUGCCUGAACCUGCUCAACUCCUACCACUGUGUUUGUCCUGGAAACUGGGGGGGCCCCAACUGCGCCACGGACGUGAACGAGUGCCAGAUUUACGCCGGAUCAGUGCAGGGUUGUCAGAACGGAGCGACGUGCAACAACAAUCCUGGAUCGUUCACGUGCACCUGUUCUCCGGAGUGGUCCGGGAACCUCUGCACCAUCCGCUACGACGACUGCAAGACGGCGGGAACCGACCUCUGUGUUCACGGCUUAUGCAUCGAUGCCGACCGGGUCGUAGCUGGACAGCCGGCGUUCCGCUGCGUCUGUGAGAACGGCUGGGAGUCUCCGGCUGGAAACCCGGCCUGCGUGGCCGACGUGGACGAGUGCAGCCUUCCCAGCAUCCCUUGCUCCUCCAACCCGCCGGUGGCCUGCUACAACACGCCCGGGAGCUACUACUGCGGGGCCUGCCCUGCUGGUUGGCAUGGCAACGGCUACAGCUGCCAGGAUGUGGACGAGUGUCUCACCAACAACGGCGGCUGCUCCACUGCACCGAUGGUUCGAUGCCUGAACACCAUGGGCUCCUUCCACUGCGGGUCCUGCCCUCCAGGUUACGAGGGAGACGGGAGGACGUGCACACAGGCCGACAUCUGCUCCUCCAACAACGGCGGCUGCCACCCGCUAGCUACCUGCUCCUCCAGCGCAGGUUCCCUGCUUCCCUCCUGUACUUGUCCCCCCGGAUUCACCGGUAACGGCUUCGGUUCCUCCGGCUGCUCCGAGAUCAGCAGCAUCUGCCAGACCAGCAACCCCUGCAUUCAUGGGGAGUGCGUGGCCACCGCGGCGGCGCCGGGCUACCGCUGCGACUGCAGCCCCGGCUGGCAGGGCCUGCACUGCGACCAGGACGUGGACGAGUGCAGCAGCAACCCCUGCAUGAACGGGGGCACCUGCACCGACGGACUGGACCGCUUCACCUGCACCUGCACCCCCCAGUGGACCGGGACCACCUGCCAGACCCCCCAGCAAGCGUGCGGGGGGGACCUCAGCGGCCCCGCCGGGUCCUUCAGUUACCCCAACACUCCGGGACACGACGAGUACGACCACCUGGUCAGCUGUUCCUGGGUGAUCCGCACCGACCCGGACAAGAUUCUGUCCAUCACGUUCCCGUUCUUCCACCUGGAGACCAGCACCAACUGCAACUUCGACUUCCUGCAGAUCCACGACGGCGACGGCCCGUCGGGACACGUGAUUGGUCGAUUCUGUGGUCAGGACAACCCGCCGGAGCUGCACAGCUCCCACAAUUCCCUGUUCUUCUGGUUCCGCUCCGACCAUUCGGUUAGCGCCGGCGGAUUCACGGUGACCUGGCAGAGUCAGGACCCGGUGUGCGGAGGGGAGCUAACUGCCCCCUACGGCAGCAUCACCUCCCCUGGUUACCCCGGCAACUACCCCCCCGGCCGGGACUGCUACUGGAUGCUAACGGUGGAUCCUGGACUCCUCAUCACCUUCGCCUUCGGGACGCUGAGUCUGGAACACCAUCCGGACUGCAACUUUGAUUUCCUGGAGAUCCGGGACGGUUUCCUGCCCAUCGACCCGGUUCUGGGGAAGUACUGCAGUACCGGAUCACCGGCGCCGUUGCAGACGACCGGACCGUCGGCCUGGAUCCACUUCCACUCCGACGCUAGCGUAUCCGACCGAGGCUUCCACAUCACCUACACCACAUCUCCGAGCGACCCCGGCUGCGGCGGCACCUUCACCGACAGCGACGGCGUCAUCAUCUCGCCCAACUGGCCCAACAACUACGCCCACAACCGCCAGGGCGUCUACGUGAUCCGGCUGCCGCCCGGCGGGCAGGUUUCCCUCAACUUCACCCACAUGGACCUGGAGAGCCACAGCGGCUGCAUGUUCGACUACGUGGAGGUGCGGGACGGCGGCGUGGAGACCGACCCUCUGAUCGGGAAGUUCUGCGGCAGCUCCCUCCCAGCUCCCGUCAUGUCGUCCUCCAACUUCCUCUGGAUCCGAUUCAAGUCUGACAGUUCCGUCAGUCGGGCCGGAUUCAGGGCUGUGUACACCGUCGGCUGCGGGGGCCUCCUGACCGGUCGGGGCCGGUUCCGGUCCCCCUUCUACCCGGACCCGUACCCCCACAACAAGGCCUGUGAUUGGACGGUCACGCAGCCGCCGGGCUACGUGGUCACGCUCAACUUCCUGUCCUUCCAGGUGGAGGGCGGAUCCUGCCGCUACGACUCCGUCGAGGUCCGGGACGGUCCCUCGUCCAGUUCCCCCCUGCUGGGAACCUUCUGCGGUUCCGUGGUUCCUCCCAGACUCCAGUCCUCCCAGAGGUCCAUGUUCGUCCGCUUCAGGACCGACUCGUCCGUCAGCAACCGCGGGUUCGAGGCCGAGUACGGCUCCGCCAUCGAGGGUUGCGGCGACACCCUAACCAGUCCCACCGGAACCGUCACCAGCCCCGGACACCCCAACAACUAUCCCCAUGGCGCUAACUGCACCUGGUUCAUUAGCGUAGCGCCCGGCUACCUGAUCCGGCUAACGUUCGACUCCUUCAACCUGGAGUACCACGCUAGCUGUAGCUACGACUACCUGGAGGUUUACGACAACGGAACGGUGACGACCGGGAACAAGAUCGGCAGGUACUGCGGGCGGUCCGUCCCUCCGUCCAUCACCAGCUCCGACAGCCAGAUGUCUCUGCUGUUCGUGUCCGACACCGGUUUAAGUACCGAAGGGUUUUCAGCCCGAUACGUGUCAAUCAACGCCGCUACCGAUUGCGGCGAGACGUUCACGUCGCCCACCGGCUCCUUCAGCUCGCCCAACUUCCCCAAUUACUACCCGAACAGCCGCGACUGCGUCUUCAAGAUCAUCGUGGAGCUCAACAUGCAGAUCAGUCUGAACGUCAGCAGCUUCGACCUGGAGGGAAGUCCUCCGUCCUGCAGCCGCGACUUCCUGGAGAUCAGGGACGGCGGCUACGAGACGUCUCCCCUGAUCGGGAAGUUCUGCUCCAAUCAGGGCCCUCCGGUCCUGGUCUCCCAUAGCAACCGGUUGUGGGUUCGAUUCCGCUCCGACGGCUACGUGGCGCGUCGGGGAUUCCUGGCCCACUGGGACGGAACGCAGACCGGAUGUGGAGGGACGUUGACGUCGUCGUCCGGCGGCCUCUCGUCCCCCAACUACCCGUUACCGUAUCACGCCAACGCCGAGUGUUACUGGACCAUCCGGACCAAUCAGGGCAGCCGGCUGAGACUCUCCUUCUCCCACUUCCACCUGGAGAGCAGCUCGUCCUGCUCCUACGACUACCUGGCCGUGUAUGACGGGAACAGCAGCAGCUCCGCUGAGCUAGCUAAGCUGUGCGGCAGCCAAGUUCCCGCCGCCAUCAACUCCUCCGGACACCAGCUGUUCGUCAAGCUGAGGACGGACAGCAGCGUCGGAGCCGGAGGAUUCCUGGCCUCGUAUACCACACAAUGCCGCGGGGUGCUGAUCUCCGGCCGCCACAGCGGCGCCCUGGAGUCGCUGAACUUCCCCAACAACUACCCGAGCAACUCGCUGUGCAGCUGGACCAUGCAGGCUAGCGCCGGCAACACCGUCAACUACACCUUCACCAGCUUCAGCAUGGAGGGAACAACGGGCCGGUGCUACUACGACUACGUCAAGCUCUACGACGGCGCUAACGAGCAGGCUCCCCUGAUUGGCUCGUUCUGCGGGAACGCCCCGCCCCCGGCUAACGGCACCACAGGCUCCGCCCUCACCGUGGUGUUCCGGUCCGACUCGUCCGUGUCCAUGUCCGGGUUCCAGAUGCUCUGGUUCCAGAACGGUUGCGGCGGGGACCUGUCCGGGCCCGGCGGGUCCUUCCACAGUCCCGGUUACCCCAGCCGGUACCCGGAGAACACGGAGUGUAUCUGGUACGUCAGCACCGAGGCCGGCAGCAGCAUCACCCUAACCAUCCACCAGUUCGACGUGGAGUUCCACCCGGACUGCAACUACGACGUCCUGGAGGUCUUCGGGGGUCCGGACCUCCUCGCCCCCCGGCUGGUCCAGCUCUGCUCCACCACCUCCUCCCCCAUGCAGAUCUCCAGCACCGGGAACCUGCUGACGGUGCGGUUCCGGUCCGACGCCUACGUCAGCGGCGGAGGGUUCAACGCUAGCUGGACCCAAGUCCAGGGAGGCUGCGGCGGCCCGAUCACGGCUCCGUCCGGCGAGUUCCACUCGCCCUCGUACCCGAGCAGCUACCCCAGCAACGUGGACUGUUCCUGGGUCGUUAGCGUCGACCACAACCACCGCGUCCUGCUCAACUUCACCGACCUGGACAUCGAGAGCCACAGCAGCUGCUCCUGGGACUACGUAGCUGUCCACGACGGUCCCUCCAUCUUGUUUCCUCUCCUCUCUAAAGUCUGCGGCUCCUUUUCUCCUCCGAUCGUCUCAACCCAGAACAUGGUUUACGUCCGGUUCCGGUCCGACUCCAGCCGGAACCACCGCGGCUUCAGCGCCAGGUUUUCCGAGGUUUGCGGUUCUUCCAUCACGACGGACGAUAACGGCGGCGCCAUCGCGUCGCCGCGCUACCCGGCUAACUACCCGUCCAACCUGAACUGCAGCUGGAUCAUCCGAGCGCAGGAACCAUUCAACCAUGUGACCUUGUCGUUCACCGACAUCGACAUGGAGAAGGUGAACUCCGACUGUUCCCACGACGCGGUGGAGAUUCUGGACGGAGACAACUACGACGCCCCGGCUAUUGGACGCUACUGCGGCUCCGAACUUCCUGUCCCGGUGACGUCGUUCAGCAACGCUCUGGUGGUCAACUUCCUGUCCGACCAAUCGGUGUCCGGGAAGGGAUUCAGGGCCACGUACACGGCCUCCACCUCCAGUUGCGGGGGGGACAUGCUGAUGCAGACCGGAGCCUUCAACAGCCCCAACUUCCCCGACUCGUACCCGCCCAACGUGGAGUGUGUUUGGACCAUCAGGAGCUCGCCGGGAAACCGCCUACAGAUGUCCUUCAUCUUCUUCCAGCUCCAGGGAGGAUCUGGUUGCCAGAACGACUACCUGGAGGUCAGGGAAGGAAACUCCACGGGUCCGUUAGUCGGCCGGUUCUGCGACGCGUCUCUUCCGUCCAACUACACGUCUCUGCUCGGACACGUCCUGUGGGUGAAGUUCGUCUCCGACGCCUCGAUCAGUGGAGCCGGAUUCAGGGCCACGUUCUCCCACCUUUACGGCAUCGACGUGACGGGCGAGCGCGGCCAGAUCGCGUCGCCGCUUUACCCGAUGACGUACCCGAACAACGCCGACUAUCGCUGGACGGUGACGGUGGACGGAAACCGCUUCGUCCAGAUCCAGUUCCUGGACAUGGACAUCGAGGACCUGCACGCCUGCCGCUACGACAACCUGAAGAUCUUUGACGGCCCUGACGUCCACCACUUCCCCCUGGGAACCUUCUGCGGCCUGAGGCCGCCUCACCUCGUCCGGAGUUCUGGAAGCUCCGUAACGCUGCAGUUCCAGUCCGACUCCUUCAUGGGAGGUCGAGGAUUCCUGGUGGAGUGGAGCGCCGUGCAGGACUCUGGACCUCCACCCACCGUCCCGCCAGGAGCGUGUGGUGGACAGCUCGUAGCGGGCGACGCCCCCGGCCUCCUGUUCUCCCCCGGCUGGCCGGACAACUACCCGACCAAUCAGGAGUGUUCCUGGCUGAUCCGCUCCGACUCCAUCGUGGAGUUGAACCUCUUAUCUCUGGACAUGGAGGGAUCGUCGCCGUGUUUCUACGACAGUCUCGUCAUCAGGGACGGUCCCACCAGUCUCUCCCCGGUGCUAGCUAGCCUCUGCGGGCGGGAACCCCCUGGAACCCUCCACUCCACAGGAGACUCCAUGUACAUCCACUUCUCCUCAGACUCCUCCGUCAGCGGCCGAGGGUUCAACGCCUCCUACUCCAAAGGCUGCGGCGGCCUCCUCCACGUGGACCGUGGCGUCCUCACCAGCCCCCACCACCCCCAGAACUACCUGCCGGGUCUGAACUGCAGCUGGAGCGUCAUGGUGACGCCCGGAUCCCGGAUCUCCGUCAGCUUCCAGACCCCCUUCCAGAUCCAGGGCUACGGGACCCGGUGCAGCACCGGGGACUAUCUGGAGCUCAGGAACGGUCCGGAUGGGUCCGCCCCGCUCCUCGGGGACCGGAUCUGCGGUACCAGCCCCCCGUCCCUGGUCCAGACCUCCGACAACCACCUCUUCAUGCGUUUCCUGACGGACUCGUCCAACGAGGCGGCCGGUUUCAAGCUGACCUUCGAGGCCCACAGCCAGGGUUGUGGAGGUUUGGUCCACCUGAACCACAACGAUCCUCCCGGCUACAUCUCGUCCCCCAACUACCCCCAGAACUAUCCCCAGAACGUGGACUGUGUCUGGGUCGUCACGGCGCCCAACGGGGAGGCGGUGCAGGUGGACUUUGAGGGGGAGUUCUACAUAGAACCCACAUCCAGGUACAGUUCUACAUAG